GCCGGCGCCCUCCCUGUCCCGUCGCAGCUCAGCGCUCCUGGCCGUCGCUGGUCGCUCGUCUCGCGCAGGGCGAGCUCCGGAUUGGGUGUCUGGAGCCGGCUCUUGCAGAUUCUCUUCACUACAGAGGAAAGAGAGAGAAUCCAGACAGAAGUCCGAAAGUUGGUUCUGGGCACAGAUGAGAACCUGACCAGCAACCAGGCUAUAAUAGAUGCAAGCUUCCUGUUGACUGCACCUGACUGGGAUUUCAACACAGCAGAAGAAUUAAACAGCCACCAUGUCAAGCAAAAAAGCAAAGACCAAGACCACCAAGAAGCGCCCGCAGCGCGCCACGUCCAACGUGUUUGCCAUGUUCGACCAGUCCCAGAUCCAGGAGUUCAAAGAGGCCUUCAACAUGAUCGACCAGAACAGAGAUGGCUUCAUCGACAAGGAAGACCUGCAUGAUAUGCUUGCCUCACUAGGGAAGAAUCCCACUGAUGCAUACCUGGAUGCCAUGAUGAACGAGGCCCCGGGGCCCAUCAACUUCACCAUGUUCCUCACCAUGUUUGGUGAGAAGUUAAAUGGCACAGACCCUGAGGACGUCAUCCGCAAUGCUUUCGCCUGCUUUGAUGAAGAAGCAACUGGCACCAUCCAGGAGGAUUACCUGAGGGAGCUGCUGACCACCAUGGGCGACCGCUUUACCGACGAGGAGGUGGAUGAGCUGUACAGAGAAGCCCCCAUCGACAAAAAGGGGAAUUUCAACUACAUCGAGUUCACGCGCAUCCUCAAACACGGAGCCAAAGACAAGGAUGACUGAGCGCGCGAGCUGCAAGCUGCCCUGUUCCCGUUCCUCCUGCCCUGCUACUUCAGCCACUCGGCCCUCAUAGAAGCUGCGCAUGGAGCCUGGCCUCACAGCUUUGCUUUCUCCUGCUUCCUCUUGAUGUAUUUAUUCCAGACCUUUCCGCCACUUUGCAUUUGUAUAAUCAGACUGAAAAUGGGGAUGAGGUUGUAAAUUGUAUUGAAAAUGAGAUGCGAAUAAAAAUCAACAAAUGUGAAAGCCCAGGAAAAUAUAUCCAUAUUUCUGGUUUUGCUGGAUUUUUACAUUUUUAUAUAAUAAAAAUGCUAUUUUGAAGUAAA